GAGUAAUUGCUCACAGAUUUGGUCGCUGCCAUUGGUUGACAACAAUGGGGUCCGCUUGAACCCCCAUCCCCGACCCGAGUCGAGUCCAGUCAGAAGGGAUACAGAAAGGAGGCGAAGCGCUUCCCCCCCCGCAGUAGCGUCGCAGCCUGCAUGGGCUAGCCGGUAAGCUAAGUAAGCUAGUUUAGCUUCUUCCAGCGACGCCGCCGUCGCCGCCGCCCGGGCGAUAACCCGCUCCUGCUUCCCGUCACUUGUGCCUCUUCAGCCCGGCUUCGAGAUGAUGAAGUUUCGGUUUCGUCGGCAGGGCACCGACCCGCAGAGGGAGAAGAUAAAACAGGAGCUCUUCGCCUUCAACAAGACGGUGGAGCACGGAUUCCCACAUCAGCCCAGCGCUUUGGCUUUUGACCCGGAGCUGCAACUUAUGGCUAUUGGCACCAGGGCGGGAGCUAUUAAAGUUUACGGAGCGCCCGGUGUGGAGUUCACAGGCCUGCACAAGGACACCACUACUGUCACUCAAAUCCACUUCCUGCCAGGACAGGGCCGCAUGCUAUCGCUUCUGGAUGACAAUACCAUUCACCUAUGGGAACUGAGUGCCACACCUCCCAGGCAGGUGGGCGGGGUCAAAAGAGAGGGUGUGGUCAUUCUCCAGGAAGUGGGCAGCUACAGUCUCCCAGGAAGACCGGGCAUUGAGAGCUGCAGUACCACACGGGUGACCGUACUCCUCCUGCUGAGAUCGUGUAACCUGCUCUGCAUCGGAACUGAGGGAGGGGGCGUGUACUUCCUGGAUUUGCCCUGUCUGUCACUGAGAGACGGCCAAACGCUGCUCCAGGAUCAGGUCACGCAGAGCCUGCCCGAAGACUACAGAUGCGGAAAAUCAUUAGGACCUGUGGAAUCUCUUCAGGAGCAUCCUCGGCAAGCGGGGAAGAUACUGAUCGGCUACAGCCGUGGUCUGGUGGUGCUGUGGGACGUGAGCAAUCGGCAAAUAGAGCAGCUCUUUCUUGGCAAGCAGCAGCUGGAGAGUCUGGUGUGGGAGCGUUCGGGAAACUUAUUUGUCAGUUCCCAUAGCGAUGGCGGCUAUUCCGUGUGGGCUGUUGCCAACGGCAACGCCAACAAUCACCAGCCGGUGUCCUCUACCAUCCCAUAUGGUCCUUUCCCCUGUAAAGCUAUUAAUAAAAUCCUAUGGCGGACAACAGAAACUGGGUCCCCAGUGUUGCUGUACAGCGGAGGGAUGCCCAGAGCCAGCUAUGGCGACCGCCACUGUCUGACCAUCCAGCAGGACAAAGACCACGUCACCUUAGACUUCACUUCCCGGGUCAUUGACUUCUUUACCGUCCACAAUGUGGAGCAAGAGAAAGAAUUUGAUGACCCGUCCGCAGUGGUGGUCUUACUGGAAGAGGAGCUCGUCGUCAUGGACCUCCAGACCCACGGAUGGCCCUCUUUGCCCACGCCUUACCUGGCUCCUCUUCACUCUUCUGCCAUCACGUGCUCCUGCCACAUCUCCAGCGUUCCUUCGAAACUGUGGGAGAGGCUGGUCAAUGCCGGGAAAGCCCAGCAGGGACGUGAACACGCAUCCAAGAGUUGGCCCAUUUGUGGUGGGAAAAACCUGGCACCUCCACCCAAACGGCAAGAGCUGCUGCUGACUGGACAUGAAGACGGCACCGUGCGUUUCUGGGACGCGUCCGGCGUGGCCCUCACGCCGCUGUACAAACUCAGCACGGCCAACGUCUUCCACACCGACUGCGACCCCGGCGACGAGCCCCCCGACCCUAGCGACGACCCCGACUUGCAGCAGGAAGAGGAAUGGCCUCCCUUCAGGAAGGUUGGCUGUUUCGACCCCUACAGUGAUGACCCCCGACUGGGCAUCCAGAAGAUCAGCAUGUGCAAGUACAGCAACAAGUUGGUGGUGGCAGGGACGGCGGGGCAGGUGAUCGUGCUGGGUCUCAACGACGACCCCUCGGACCACACGGUGGACGUGUCCGUGGUGGAUCUGCUCCAGGACAGGGAGGGCUUCACGUGGAAGGGCCACGACCGGCUGGAGCCUCGCCUCAAACCCGCCCCCUUCCCGCCGGGUUUCCAACCUCAGGUGCUGGUGCAAUGCAUGCCGCCCGCGUCGGUCACGGCCGUGACGCUGCACGCCGAAUGGAACCUCAUCGCCUUCGGGACCAGCCACGGCUUUGGCCUCUUCGACUACCACAGAAGAAGUGCAGUCUUAGCUAGGUGUACCCUGCACCCUAAUGACUCCUUGGCUAUGGAGGGCCCCCUAUCCAGGGUCAAAUCCUUAAAAAAAUCCUUACGGCAGAGCUUCAGACGCAUCCGGAAGAGCCGAGUAUCUGGGAAGAAGCGCCCGAUCACCACGCCCACCAGCAAGGUCCAGGAGGCCAACGCUGCCUUAGCGGAGCAGGAGGAAGUGGCUCCAAUCCAGCGAAGGAUCGAACCCCGGUCGGCGGACGACUCCUUAUCGGGAGUCGUUCGCUGCCUCUGCUUUGCCGACACUUUCCUACGCGACGGCACACACCACGGACCCACGUUGUGGGCGGGGACUAACUCGGGCAGCGUCUACGCCUACGCCCUGGAGGUACCCGGCGUGGGCUCUGGCCGUGGUCCUGAGCGGGGGGUCGGCGGCGAGAACGCGGCGUGCGUGGAAGCCGUGUUGGGCAAAGAGAUCCAACUGAUGCACCGAGCUCCCGUGGUGUCCAUCUGCGUGCUGGACGGGCGCGCCAAACCCUUACCGGAUCCUUACGAAGCCUCACAGGACCUCGCCAUCGCUCCGGAUAUGUCCAACGCUCAUUCCGUGCUCAUCGCCUCCGAGGAACAACUCAAGGUGUUCUCUCUCCCCAAGGUGAGCGCCAAGACCAAGUUCAAGCUGACGGCUCACGAGGGCUGUCGGGUGAGGAAGGUGGCCCUGGCGGUCUUCGGUUCCACGGCUCAGGAGGACUACAGCGAGCACACGCUGGUGUGUCUGACCAACAUGGGCGACAUGCACCUCUUCAACGUACCCGGACUCCGCCCUCAGGUUCGCUACGACUGCAUCCGUAAGGAGGACAUCAGCGGCAUCGCAUCCUGCGUCUUCACCAGGAACGGACAAGGGUUCUACCUCAUCUCCCCUUCAGAGUACGAGAGGUUCUCCUUGUCGGCCAAGGUUCUCACGGAACCUCUUUGCUCCGUUGCACUGCAGAGACUCUUGGAGGCCACCAUGGCCAGCGAUGGCACCGCCAUGCUGCCACAAGCCAACGGAACCCAUAAGAACCAGAUAGGACAAGCUGAGGGACGAACAGACGAGCCGCCCGGCUCCUUGUCCUCCCCCGUCCUCGACACGCCCUUGGACUCCCCCCUCAGCUGCGCCGACCUCACCCUGGACUCCACGGGAGAGCUCACCGUGGAGGACGUCCGAGACUUCCUCACCACCGUGGACGAGGAGGAGAACAACCUGAAGAACAUUCAAGAGGAGGAUGAACGCCCGGCCGGCAUCCUCAUCAACUGAACAGAUGGACUUGAUAUCCGUGCUGGACCACAAAUGUCAUCAAGCCCACUGUGAAGCCCACCCAGAGUGGGAGGACUUUGCUUGGUACCACAGCUAACUUGGAAGAGUUUGUGUUUGAACCACUUUUCACUCUCAUCCUUGUCUUAACAUAGAAUCUUUAAUGACGCCAUUUUUUUUUUUCAUUCCGGAGAAGUUUUGACACUUUAGUGGAGGUGAUGGAUUGUCCUGCAACGCUGCUUAAAGAGGAGGCAUUGUUGGCUUUACCGUAGACGGUCGAUGGCUUAUGAAGGUUUUUUUUUUUUUUUUUUUAAAUUGUUAUUGUAAAGAUGGACACGUGGGCAUGUUUUUGAAUGGCACAGUGAAGGUUGUAGGACGCAGGUGGGGCCACAAGGGGGUGCUGCGGUGGUUGGGACUCAACAUACAAACUGCAGUGUCUGUACUGUAUUGUUGUUUUAUAGAGUUCCUCGCCAAGGUGUCCUCCAGAGGUCUUUUUUUUGUGGCUACCAGGGAAGCGUGACGAGUAAGUUGGCUUGAACGCAAAGUGUGUGUGUGUGUGUGUGUGUGUGUGUGUGAGAAAUGCACCCGUGAGACGUCUUUGCAUUCUAGCUGGUGCAUUGCAGAGCUUGAUUCAGCAAUCUUUCUUUUUGUUUUUACUGUGUAAAAAUGUGUGUAUACAUACGGUGUCUUUAUGUAGGUUAACAUAUGACGAGUCACGUGUUCGCUUUAGAACUUUAAAAAAAAAAAAGCUUCCAGAGCAUCUUUUUUUUUUAAUCACAUAACGAAAAGGCGUACAAGCUUAAAAAAGGGACCUCACGACUAACUUAUCUAGCUCAACGGGUAGAAUUUGUGUUUUUUUUUUUUUUUUAUUGGCGCGAGUCAUUAACAUUAAAUUUUCCUUGUUACAGCCGCCGCAGGUUUUAAUUCCACACUUAAGAUGAAUAAUUGACUUUUUUUUUUGUCAUUGACUUUUGUGGUUAGUAUUUUAAGAGUCAUUUAGCAAUUUCAGCGGAUGGAUUGUGAAUGUUAAUAAAAAUGAUGUACUCUCUA